AUGACCACCGUAACUGCCAGUGCGACAAACUUUAUGCAGCACGACCUUUCUACGACCGAGCAGGCAGAAGCCGAGGCUCAACAUGUUUGGGAAAAGGAGAUGGAACUGACGGUUCAAGGCCGUGGUCGGACACGUAGUCGUUCUUUUGUAGCAAACGAUGAAUCCGAAGCUCGAAAUGAUCAAAGGAGAUGUGAUACAGCUCAUUUAGACGAGUCUGAGACAUUUUGUGUAAGCUCAUGUGAAGCUACGGAGAGUGAAGAAGACGCUGUUCGAAACAGAAGACGCAGUUGUUCCUUUUCUGCUUUACAACAACCUCAAACACUUACUCAGGACAUGGAAACCGAAGAAAAUGCUGCAAAACGAGCAGCUUCUUUGUCUAAAAUUUACUUGGCAGGUUCAGCUCCUGUUGAUGUUUCAAAGCUUCAGAAUGAAAGUAAACUUGUUGGUGUCAAGAAAGUAGAAGUCGUGCAACCAACAGGUGCUUUAUCUGCAGCAGCAUUGGACGCUCUUUCAGAAGGAUUACAGUUAUCGGUGGAUAAUAGUCCCAUGCCUUUAGCAGGAUAUGGAGAUGAAGAAUUAACAGAAGAAGAACUGGAAGAAAAAAAAAUGGAAGAAGAAGAAGAUCAUAAAUUAAAAGCAGAAAAACUUUCGUCCAGGAGAUCCUUGACAAUGAGAGCCUCAUUGUUUCGGAAUAAGAUGUUUAAAAGCACCUCAAGAUUACUGGGGAAUUCAGAAGAAGGAGCAAAAUUAGAACCAGUGAAACAAGUGGGGACUAAGAUGUCAAUUGGAGCUGAAACGGACAAGGUGAUGUCGGAAAUUGCAGCAGAUGUGACGCCUGUACCACCCAAAAAAAAGCACAAGCUCAAGCUAUUGCUAUUAGGAGAUAGCGGGGUUGGUAAAACGAGUUUGAUGCGUGUAUUCUCUGGUGAUGAAUUCUCAGAGUCGAUGCUGGCAACUGCAGGUGUGGAUUUCAAGCUUCGACAUAUCAACGUUGCAGAUGAAGCGAUUACUCUUCAAAUAUGGGAUACCGCAGGACAGGAGCGUUUUCAUCGCAUCACUGCUACAUAUUACAAGGGCGCGAAUGGUAUAGUUCUCGUGUACGACGUCAGCGAUAGACGCAGCUUUGAUAAUGUUGGCUACUGGAUGAAUAACAUUCGUCAGUAUUCGUCUCCGACGCAGAUGCCAGCCAUGCUGCUAGUAGGAAACAAGAUCGAUCUGCCGAACCGUGUAGUGACGUUGGCAGAAGGUCAAGCAGCUGCAAGCCAGUAUGGCUGCCGAUUUAUUGAAACGAGUGCCAAGACGUCGGAAAACACCAAUGGCGCGCUCGAAACUAUUGCACGCGAUGCUUUCAUGAUCAGUGUUAAUCCCACACUUACACAAAAGAUGGUAAUGGAUCGCGAAAAGACGCUGGCUGGUCGACGUAACAAGGAAAAUUGCAUCAUUCAGUAA